AUGUCUUCCGGCCUCCUUCGCGUUCUUGGCUUUUUCCUAACAUUCUCAGCUGCGCUUGCUCAGUUGUCUGGCAGAGUCGGUCCAACUACUUCAACCUCUGACAAACAGGCAACAAUAUGUAAUGUACUCGAUUAUGGUGGUGAAAUCGGUUCAAGCGACAUCGGACCUGCAAUUGGCAAGGCUUUCUCGGAUUGUGUCCUCCAGAAUUCUGGUUCGACUCUUUAUGUUCCGGCUGGAAACUACAAUAUGCAAACCUGGCAAAACUUGAGCGGCGGCAAGAAAUGGGCGUUUCAAAUGGAUGGUGUUAUUACUCGUGCCAGCACAACUACAGGAAACAUGAUCGUGAUAACAGAUGCCGAUGACUUCGAGUUCUACUCGAGCAACAGUGCCGGAGCAAUUCAAGGUCUUGGGUACCAAUGCCGAAAUGCGGGGCCCCGUCUCAUCCGCAUUGUCACCUCUACAAACUUCUCCGUGCAUGACCUCAUCCUGGUUGACUCACCGGAAUUCCAUCUCGUAAUCCAAGAAGGUUCAAAUGGUGAAAUCUACAACUUGGCAAUCCGAGGAGCGAACAUCGGUGGCAGCGAUGGCGUAGAUGUCUGGGGUACCAACCACUGGAUUCACGACGUUGAAGUGACGAAUCGCGACGAGUGUGUCACUGUAAAGUCACCUUCGACUAAUAUUCUCGUAGAGCGGAUCUGGUGCAACCAGUCCGGUGGAAGCGCUAUUGGGUCUCUUGGCACUGGUACAGCCAUUGAGAACAUCCUUUACCGGAAUGUGUACACGAACGGCGGCAAUCAGAUUUUCCUGAUCAAGUCGUGGGGAGGAUCUGGAUACCUGCGGAAUGUGUAUCUACAGAACUUCCUCUCUCAUAAUACUGCCUACGGACUUGACGUGGACCAGUACUGGUCCGGACAAUCGCAAGCUGAUGGGGCCGGUGUGCAGCUCAGUAACAUCACCUUCGAUACUUGGGAUGGUUCAGUCGUCGAUGGAGUGCAACGUCCACCAAUCCAGUUCAUCUGUUCCAACUCUGUUCCAUGCUUUGAUAUGACGCUCAAGAACACUGCGCUGUGGUCUAAUACAGGUGAGGCGGUAAACAAAUGCCAGAGUGCUUUCGGAACCGGAUCAUGCCUCAAAUCCGGUACUAUCGACAAUUACAACGUCAUAACGACGACAGUGUCGAGGCCACCAGGUUUCACGUCCCCGCCUACUCUGUCUGGAGACUUGUCCGAAGGGUUUGCUACGGACGCGUCGAUUCCGAUUCCAACUAUUCCGUCGACGUACUAUCCUGGUCUGCCGCAAAUUUCUCCGCUUGCGAAGAGUCUUUAG